AUGUCUUAUAACGGUCAAAACAUGAAUUCUGACCCGAAUCAGUAUCCGGAUCAAGAUCCUGAUCAAUCGGGUUACUAUCAAGAUCAAAACCAAAUGCCACCACCACAAGGCUAUGAUGAAUAUGGUCAACCAAUAUAUGCUCAAGGUGCUAACGACGGUUAUUACGACCAAUAUGCUGCUAACGGUCAACAACCACCUAUUCCAGGUCAAAAUCCAAACGAAUCAUAUGAUCAAUAUUACAACCAACCACCAAAUUUCCAACAAGAUAUGGGCGAAAACUUUUCGGAUUUCAGUUCAUAUGGACCUCCAGGUACUCCAGGUUAUGGUAAUAACGGUGGAGCCGGAGGUGACAGUCAAUACACUCCAUCACAAAUCAGUUAUGGUGAACCAUCCUCUUCAGGUGCUUCCACUCCAAUAUAUGGUAAUUAUGAUCCUAAUGCAAUCGCUAUGGCUCUACCUAAUGAUCCAUAUCCAGCAUGGACAGCUGAUUCUCAAUCACCUGUCACUAUCGAACAAAUUGAAGAUAUUUUCAUCGAUUUGACUAAUAGAUUAGGGUUCCAAAGAGAUUCCAUGAGAAAUAUGUUCGAUCAUUUCAUGACACUUUUGGAUUCUCGUGCCUCGAGAAUGUCUCCUGAUCAAGCUCUUUUAUCAUUACAUGCUGAUUAUAUCGGUGGUGAUACUGCCAAUUAUAAAAAAUGGUAUUUUGCUGCUCAAUUAGAUAUGGAUGAUCAAGUCGGUUUCAGAAAUAUGAAAUUAGGUAAGGCUAAAAGAUUAUCAAGAAAGGAAAGAAAGGCUAAGAAGAAGAAUAAGAAGGCCAUGGAAGAAGCUGCAGCUAAUGGUGAAGAUACUGAAGCUACUUUGAAUCAAAUUGAAGGUGAUAACUCAUUGGAAGCUGCCGAUUUUAGAUGGAAGGCUAGAAUGAAUUCUUUAACUCCAAUGGAAAGAGUUCGUCAAAUUGCACUAUAUUUACUAUGUUGGGGGGAAGCUAAUCAAGUUAGAUUCACGUCUGAAUGUUUAUGUUUCAUUUACAAAUGUGCCAGUGAUUAUUUAGAUUCUCCACUAUGCCAACAACGUAUGGAACCAAUGCCAGAAGGGGAUUAUUUGAAUAGAGUUAUUACACCAUUGUAUCAUUUUAUCAGAAACCAAGUUUAUGAAAUUUCUGAUGGUCGUUUUGUCAAGCGUGAAAAGGAUCAUGCUCAAAUUAUUGGUUACGAUGAUGUCAAUCAAUUGUUUUGGUAUCCAGAAGGUAUUGCCAAGAUUGUCUUUGACGAUGCUACUAAAUUAAUUGAAAUUCCAUCAGAAGAACGUUAUUUAAGAUUAGGUGAUGUUGCAUGGGAGGAUGUUUUCUUCAAGACUUAUAAAGAAACUCGUUCCUGGUUACAUAUGAUUACAAAUUUCAAUCGUAUUUGGGUCUUACAUAUUUCCAUCUACUGGAUGUACUGUGCUUAUAGUGCUCCAACUCUAUAUACACACAACUAUCAACAAACUGCUAACAAUAAACCUUUGGCCGCUUAUAGAUGGGCUACUGCAGCUCUUGGUGGUAGUGUUGCCAGUUUAAUUCAAAUUAUUGCUACAAUUUGUGAAUGGUCAUUUGUUCCAAGAAAAUGGGCUGGUGCUCAACAUUUGUCUCGUAGGUUUUGGUUCUUAUGUGGUAUUUUCGCUUUGAACUUGGGUCCAAUUAUUUUCGUCUUUGCAUAUGAUAAAGAUGAUGUUUAUUCUACUGCUACUCAUGUUGUUUCCGCCAUUAUGUUCUUCGUUGCUGUUGCUACUAUUAUCUUCUUCUCAGUCAUGCCAUUAGGUGGCCUUUUCACUCCAUAUAUGAAAAAACCAUCUACUAGACGUUACGUUGCAUCUCAAACAUUUACUGCCUCCUUUGCUCCAUUACAUGGCCUUGACAGAUGGAUGUCUUAUUUAGUUUGGGUUACUGUUUUCGCUGCCAAGUAUUCUGAAUCUUACUACUUUUUGAUUCUUUCAUUAAGAGAUCCAUUCAGAAUUCUUUCUACUAUGACCAUGAGAUGUACUGGUGAAUAUUGGUGGGGUGCAAAGCUUUGUAGACAUCAAUCAAAGAUUGCUUUAGGUUUAAUGGUCGCUACAGAUUUUGUGUUAUUCUUCUUAGAUACUUACUUAUGGUAUAUUCUUUGUAACACUAUCUUCUCCGUUGGUAAAUCCUUUUACUUAGGUAUUUCUAUUUUGACUCCAUGGAGAAAUAUUUUCACCAGAUUACCAAAGAGAAUCUACUCCAAGAUUUUGGCCACUACUGAUAUGGAAAUCAAAUACAAACCAAAAGUUUUGAUUUCUCAAGUUUGGAAUGCUAUUAUUAUCUCAAUGUACAGAGAACAUUUGCUGGCUAUUGAUCAUGUCCAAAGAUUAUUAUACCAUCAAGUUCCAUCUGAAAUCGAAGGUAAGAGAACUUUGAGAGCUCCAACAUUCUUUGUGUCUCAAGAUGAUAACAAUUUCGAAACUGAAUUCUUCCCAAGAAAUUCUGAAGCUGAACGUCGUAUUUCCUUCUUUGCUCAAUCUUUAUCCACUCCAAUUCCAGAACCAUUACCUGUUGACAAUAUGCCAACUUUCACUGUUUUGACUCCUCAUUAUGCUGAAAGAAUUUUACUAUCAUUAAGAGAAAUUAUCCGUGAAGAUGAUCAGUUUUCAAGAGUUACAUUGUUAGAAUACUUGAAGCAAUUACACCCUGUUGAAUGGGAUUGUUUCGUCAAGGAUACCAAGAUUUUAGCUGAAGAAACUGCUGCAUAUGAAGGUGGUGACGAAGAUGAUGAAAAAGAUGGUGCAUUGAAAUCACAAAUCGAUGAUUUACCAUUCUACUGUAUCGGUUUCAAGUCUGCUGCUCCCGAAUAUACCCUACGUACCCGUAUCUGGGCUUCUUUGAGGUUCCAAACAUUAUACCGUACUGUUUCUGGUUUCAUGAAUUAUGCUAGAGCUAUUAAAUUGUUAUAUCGUGUUGAAAACCCUGAAAUUGUUCAAAUGUUUGGUGGUAACGCUGAAGGUUUAGAAAGAGAAUUGGAAAAAAUGGCAAGAAGAAAAUUCAAAUUCUUAGUCUCUAUGCAAAGAUUAGCUAAGUUUAAACCACAUGAAUUAGAAAAUGCUGAGUUCUUACUGAGAGCUUACCCAGAUUUACAAAUUACUUACUUGGAUGAAGAACCUCCAUUAAACGAAGGUGAAGAACCAAGAAUUUAUUCUGCUUUAAUUGAUGGUCAUUGUGAAAUUCUAGAAAACGGUCGUAGACGCCCUAAGUUCAGAGUUCAAUUAUCUGGUAAUCCAAUUUUAGGUGAUGGUAAAUCUGAUAACCAAAAUCAUGCUUUGAUUUUCUACAGAGGUGAAUAUAUUCAAUUGAUUGAUGCUAAUCAAGAUAACUACUUAGAAGAAUGUUUGAAGAUUAGAUCUGUUUUAGCUGAAUUCGAAGAAUUAAAUGUUGAACAAGUUAACCCAUAUGCUCCAGAUUUGAAAUACGAAGAACAAGAUAACAAUCAUCCAGUUGCUAUCGUUGGUGCUAGAGAAUAUAUUUUCUCCGAAAAUUCUGGUGUUCUUGGUGAUGUUGCCGCUGGUAAGGAACAAACAUUUGGUACAUUAUUUGCCCGUACGUUAUCCCAAAUCGGUGGUAAAUUACAUUAUGGUCAUCCGGAUUUCAUUAAUGCUACAUAUAUGACAACAAGAGGUGGGGUAUCCAAGGCACAAAAGGGUUUACAUUUGAAUGAAGAUAUUUACGCAGGUAUGAACGCCAUGUUACGUGGUGGUCGUAUUAAGCACUGUGAAUAUUAUCAAUGUGGUAAAGGUAGAGAUUUAGGUUUUGGUACAAUUUUGAAUUUCACUACUAAGAUCGGUGCUGGUAUGGGUGAACAAAUGUUAUCCCGUGAAUAUUACUAUCUAGGUACUCAAUUACCAAUCGAUCGUUUCUUAACUUUCUACUACGCACAUCCUGGUUUCCAUUUGAAUAACUUGUUUAUUCAAUUAUCUUUGCAAAUGUUUAUGCUAACUUUGGUCAAUCUACAUGCUUUAGCUCAUGAAUCUAUCAUCUGUAUUUACAAUAGAAACUUACCAAUUACCGAUGUUUUGUAUCCAAUUGGUUGUUACAAUUUAGAACCGGCUGUGGAUUGGGUCAGACGUUAUACUUUAUCUAUUUUCAUUGUUUUCUUCAUCGCUUUCGUUCCUAUUGUUAUCCAAGAAUUGAUUGAACGUGGUAUUUGGAAAGCAACACAGAGAUUUUUCCGUCACAUUCUAUCGUUAUCUCCAAUGUUCGAAGUCUUUGCUGGUCAAAUAUACUCUUCUGCUUUAUUAAGUGAUUUAACUGUUGGUGGUGCUCGUUAUAUUUCAACAGGUCGUGGUUUCGCAACUGCUCGUAUUCCAUUCUCAAUUCUGUACUCAAGAUUCGCAGGUUCUGCAAUUUACAUGGGUUCAAGAUCUAUGUUAAUGUUGUUAUUUGGUACUGUUGCUCAUUGGAACGCAGCUCUACUAUGGUUUUGGGCCUCUUUGUCAUCGUUGAUGUUCUCACCAUUCAUCUUCAACCCUCAUCAAUUUUCCUGGGAAGAUUUCUUUUUAGAUUACAGAGAUUUUAUCAGAUGGCUAUCCAGAGGUAAUAAUAAAUAUCACAGAAAUUCAUGGAUUGGUUAUGUUAGAAUGUCUAGAGCAAGAACUACCGGUUUCAAGCGUAAGUUGAUCGGUGACGAAUCUGAAAAAGCUGCUGGUGAUUCCAGUAGAGCCCGUAGAUGGAACCUUAUUGUUGCUGAACUAAUCCCAUGUGCAAUCUAUGCAGCUGGUUGUUUCAUUGCCUUUACGUUUAUCAAUGCUCAAACAGGUGUUAAGACAACGGAUGAAGAUACUGUUAACUCGGUAUUACGUGUCAUUAUUUGUACUCUUGCUCCAAUUGCUGUUGACUUGGGUGUCUUAUUCUUUUGUAUGGGUAUGUCAUGUUGUUCCGGUCCAUUAUUCAACAUGUGUUGUAAAAAGACUGGUUCUGUUAUGGCAGGUAUAGCUCAUGGUGUAGCUGUCGUCGUUCAUAUCGUUUUCUUCAUCGUCAUGUGGGUUUUAGAAGGUUUCAAUUUCUCAAGAAUGUUACUUGGUGUCGUUACAUGUAUUCAAUGUCAAAGAUUUGUUUUCCAUUGUAUGUCUAUCUUCUUAUUGACUCGUGAAUUUAAGAAUGAUCAUGCAAACACUGCAUUCUGGACUGGUAAAUGGUAUGGUAAAGGUUUGGGUUAUAUGGCUUGGACCCAACCAAGUAGAGAACUUUGUGCAAAGGUUAUUGAAUUAUCUGAAUUUGCUGCUGAUUUCAUAUUAGGUCAUAUCAUUUUGAUCUGCCAGUUACCAUUCUUAUGUAUUCCUGGUAUUGAUAAGUUCCAUUCCAUGAUGUUAUUCUGGUUGAAACCAUCCCGUCAAAUCCGUCCACCAAUUUACUCUCUAAAACAAAGCCGUCUUCGUAAGCGUAUGGUUAAGAAGUACUGUAGUCUGUAUUUCCUCGUUCUAGUCAUUUUUGCUGCAUGUAUCAUUGGUCCAGCAGUUGCAUCUGCUCAUGUCUCCAAGGAUCUUGGUUCCAAGCUAACCGGUGUUGCUCACAAUUUAUUCCAACCAAGAAAUGUUUCAAACAAUGACACAGGUUACCAAAUGUCUACUUAUAGUGGUCAUUACUACACGGUUACUCCUUCAAUCAAGAGUUGGUCUACUAUAAAAUGA